AUGCGCUCAUUCCUCAGUGGCCGAGCUGCUCACCAAUCAUUAUCAUUGAAAUUCUACCACGGUCCUCGUCUGUCUUCUUUUCCUCAAGGGUAUAGCCCCGCAGCAAUCAAUGGAUUUCUGCGAGGCCGCCGAAGAUCAUAUCAUGAACCGUGCAAGCUCAAAGUCUCAGGCCCCUUCGAUUCGCAAAGUCACGCAAGUUCGAACUCAGCCGACUACUAUAGGCCACCGGAAAAAGGUCUCAUAGCCUGUCUCCCGCGGUCAUGGAUUCCAUACGCCGAGUUGUUGCGCCUUGACAAACCUACGGGUACAUACUACCUUUUUUUCCCUUGUCUCUAUUCCACUCUUCUUGCUGCAUACAUGACGACUUCCGCCAGUCCACUUCAGGUUGCUGGAACUGCUGGUCUGUUCCUCGCAGGUGCAUUUAUCAUGCGAGGUGCUGGGUGUGCAAUCAACGAUCUAUGGGACCGGAACCUGGAUCCGCACGUUGCGAGAACUAAGUAUCGGCCUAUCGCGAGAGGAGCAAUCUCUCCUGGUAAAGCAGUUACUUUUACUGGCGUUCAGCUACUGGCUGGGCUGGGCGUCUUGCUCCAAUUCCCAACUCAAUGCUUAUGGUAUGGCAUACCUAGCUUGCUCUUGGUGACCACCUAUCCCCUCGCCAAGCGUGUCACAUACUAUCCGCAAGCUGUGCUGGGCCUUACAUUCUCGUGGGGCGCGAUUAUGGGUUUCCCAGCACUGGGCGUUGACCUCCUCCACAAUACCCCCGCGCUGGAAGCGGCUGCUGCUCUUUAUUCUAGCUGUGUCGCUUGGACAAUUCUAUACGAUAUGAUUUACGCACAUAUGGAUAUAAAAGAUGAUGUAGCGGCUGGCAUCAAGUCAAUUGCUCUUCGUCACAAACACAACACAAAAGCCGUCCUCACUGCCCUUGCGGGUGUUCAGUUAUCACUGCUUGCCGCAGCUGGUGUCGCAGCUGGUAGCGGACCUGUUUUCUUCAUCGGUAGCUGCGGCAGCGCAGCUCUUUCCCUCGCCGCGAUGAUCUGGAGAGUCCAGUUGGGGAAUGUACAAAAUUGCUGGUGGUGGUUCAAAAAUGGCUGUCUCUUCACUGGCGGUGGUAUUACUACGGGAUUGCUUUUAGAAUAUGUCGCGCAAUGCACUGGCUUCUAUGAAGAAGUCGCAGAAGCCGCAGAGUUGCAUUGA